AUGAAAAUGGUGUUGUCACAACGGCAGCGCGAGGAGCUUAACCAAGCGAUUGCCGAUUAUCUGGGAAGCAAUGGAUACACAGACGCGCUGGAAGCGUUCCGGAAGGAGGCCGACAUGCCGAAUGAGAUAGAGCGCAAGUACGGUGGGUUGCUGGAGAAAAAGUGGACCUCCGUCAUUCGGCUGCAGAAGAAAGUGAUGGAGCUGGAAGCGAAACUGUCCGAGGCGGAGAAGGAGGUGAUCGAGGGUGCACCGACGAAGGCAAAACGGACACCGAGCGACUGGAUACCGCGACCGCCGGAAAAGUUCGCCCUCGCCGGCCAUCGGGCGACUGUGACGCGGGUUGUUUUCCAUCCUGUCUUCAGCAUGAUGGUAUCGGCAUCGGAGGACGCCACGAUCAAGGUGUGGGACUUCGAGACGGGUGAAUAUGAACGUACGCUCAAGGGUCAUACGGACUCGGUACAGGAUUUGGCAUUCGAUUCACAAGGGAAGCUGCUCGCCUCCUGCAGCUCGGAUCUGUCGAUCAAACUGUGGGAUUUCCAGCAGACAUACGAGUGCGUCAAGACAAUGCACGGUCACGAUCACAAUGUGUCAUCGGUUUCGUUCGUCCCGGCGGGCGAUUUCCUACUUUCUGCGUCACGUGACAAAACGAUCAAGAUGUGGGAGGUGGCCAGCGGCUACUGCGUCAAGACGUUCACAGGCCACCGGGAAUGGGUGCGCAUGGUACGGGUGAACGUCGAUGGAUCGUUGAUGGCCUCCUGUUCGAAUGAUCACUCGGUUCGUGUUUGGCAGACAAACUCCAAGGAAUGCAAAGCUGAGCUGCGAGAGCAUGAGAAUACAGUAGAAUGCAUUGCCUGGGCACCGGAAUCGGCCGCAGCGGCUAUAAACGAGGCAGCCGGAGCAGACAACAAGAAAGGUGCACAUCAGGGCCCAUUCCUGGCAUCGGGAUCACGAGACAAAACGAUCAGGAUUUGGGACGUCAGCUCCGGGCUGUGCCUGUUUACGCUGGCCGGCCACGACAAUUGGGUGCGUGGUAUCGUGUUUCACCCCGGUGGCAAAUACAUGAUUUCUGCUAGCGACGACAAAACGCUACGCAUUUGGGAUCUACGCAACAAGCGUUGCAUGAAAACGCUCUACGCGCACUCACAUUUCUGUACAUCCUUGGAUAUGCAUAAGUCCCAUCCUUACGUCAUAUCCGGCAGCGUGGACACGACGGUUAAAGUUUGGGAGUGCCGCUAAGUCAAAUCCCAUCUCUCCCCUCC